AUGGGGUCUGUACUCUUCAAUAUUACCGAAAUUGAUGAAAUUGCAGAGCAAAGACAGCUUCAACAGUUUCACAAGCAAGCUUCAAAAAUGAUCGAGAAAAUUGAGAAGUUGAUUAAUGUCUUACAGGCUGUCAAUGGAGAGAUUUUCUUGGCUAUUAAUGGUUACAAUCCAUCAUUUCUGGAGUUCCAAAAUAAGAUAAUUAAUAGAAUGGCAAAUAAUGAAAAUUAA